UUAUGAAAGGUGCUGGGAGGGGUCCACCGCAGUGUCUGUGUAACAGUAUUUCAACAUGUGUCGUUAGUUUAGCGUUAUUCGGACAAGUUUGUGACAGUCGAGGGUAAACUUUGGUCGUGUAAGUUGCCCUGCUGCGUCUGUAGUUUAACGUUAGCUAGCCGGCUAACUCUUUUAGCUUCUACAAACAUGACUGACACAUGGGACAUGAGAGGACACGGCCGCUGUGAGAGAGUAUUUGGCUGUGACGGGCACUAACAUGACCAGAGACCCUCCAUGACAGCUGACAACACCGGGAGGAUGACCACGAUGGAGGCACCGGGCACAGCCAGCAGCUUUAACCUCUCAUAUGGGGAGAAUGAGGACCCUGAGACCGCUGCUGCCUCCUCCAGCAUGUCCAUAGACAAACUCCUCCCUGCUCUGCUGGAGUGCUUUGGGAUCAUUUUGUGCGGAUACAUCGCAGGCAGGGCAAACAUCAUCACCUCCACCCAGGCCAAAGGAUUGGGGAACUUUGUGUCCAAGUUUGCUCUGCCAGCGCUGUUGUUCAAGAACAUGGUGCUGCUGGACUUUGGAAAUGUCAUCUGGCCUUUCCUCUGGAGCAUCCUCAUCGCCAAAGUGUCUGUGUUUUGCAUUGUUUGCGUCCUCACACUCAUAGUCGCCAGCCCUGAAAGCCGCUACAGCAAGGCCGGGCUCUUCUCCAUAUUCGCCACCCAAAGCAAUGACUUUGCUUUGGGAUACCCCAUAGUUGAAGCCUUAUACAAGAGCACAUAUCCAGAGUACCUCCAGUACAUCUACCUUGUUGCCCCAGUGUCCCUGAUGUUCCUGAACCCCAUCGGCUUUGGCUUCUGCGAGGUCCAGAAGUGGAAGGAUCAGGGAAACAACCAACAGAGCAAACUGCGGGUCGUGGGACAUGUACUGUUACAGGUCCUAAAGAACCCCAUAGUAUUCAUGGUUGUCAUCGGCAUCAUUGCCCACUUUGUGCUGCACCAGACUGUUCCUGCCUUCAUGGCUGAGUUUGUGGAUGGCUUGGCGAACUCUUUUGGGGGAGCAGCUCUGUUCUACUUGGGUCUGACCAUGGUGGGCCAGUUGAGGAAAUUAACCAAAUCCACAGUCGUGACACUGAUAUUACUCCUUACAGCAAAACUACUGCUGAUGCCCCUGAUUUGUAAGGACAUGGUGGACCUGUUGGACAACAGCAACACCAGCGCUUUGAACCACUCCAGCCUUUCUGAUUAUGCCUUUCUUUAUGGAGUUUUUCCGACUGCACCAAGUGUGGCCAUCUACGCCGUUUAUUACAAUGCAGAGCUAGAAGUUGUAACCUCUGGGAUGGUGAUCAGCACUUUUCUCUCGGCUCCGAUAAUGUAUGUUUCGGCCUGGUUGCUUACAAUGCAUUGGAUGGAUCCUCAGCUUUUAAUGAAUUCACUCCAGAAUGUCAGUUUUAACAUAAGCAUAGUGAGCUUAGUUGCACUGGUGUGGACAAUUCCUGUCAUGUUUUUAAGUAAGAAAUUCAAGAGGCUACCUCAUGUGUUUACAGUCAACCUUUUCUUGGCACAGUUUCUAACCUGCAUUGGGAUGAUUCUGUGGUACUUUGUGGUGAAAGGAGACAGCUUCAUCCUGCAGAUCUUGACUUUCUCCGUAUUAUGUACUUCACUCUACAGUACAUAUUUGUGGCCAGGUUUAAUAGCGCUCUCAAUUGUGCUCUUGAAAAGGUCUGAGGAUCUGAAAGUUUCACCAGGGAUGUUAGUCAUUGCAGGCUGGGGGAUUCCAGCUUUCGCGACUGCUAUUUUGCUCUUCUGUGGGGUAAAAAUGCCUGACACAAUUGAUGCAUCUUACUUCUACGGCGAACAACAGAUAAUCUGCACCACAGUUGUAAUCGCCCUAAGCAUAAUCCUGGGAGGAGGGUCGCUUGUGUGUCUCAGUAGAGGAAGCUGGACACAAAAUGACCAAAACCAAGAGGGAAACUCUUCAUCUGAUGAGGAUCUUUUAACCGAAGAUGAACCAGAAAGCCAGACUUUGUUUGAGCCAGUUCCUCCAUCGGGAGAGCGCAACAGAGCGUGCCUCAUAUGUGACUGUGCAGCACCCCAGCCCAUGCCUGAUAUGAUCAUCAGUACAAACAUGAACAACACACCAACCACACUUGCAGGUCAGUGUGAGAACAGGUGUGAGUCAACAGACUGCCUCCUUGUCCAAGUGGAGGAGCUCCAACAGGUUGCAGACAGACAAGAGACGCGUCAUCUGCUCAUAUGUGUGCUUCUGACUGUCAGCCUGCUUGCUAACUUGUCCAGCUGCUUGUGGUUGCUCUUUAACCGUGAUCCUGGCAGACUCUACCUUGAGCUGUUGUUCUUCUGUGCUGUUGCCAACUAUGGACAGGGACUUCUCUCCUUUGCUCUCUUUGGUCUGGACAAGCAUUUGAUUUUAUUGCCAUUUAAAAAGAGGUUAAUCAGUCUGUGGUAUGGAAAGAAGCAAGAAGAGCCACCGCAGACAGAUUUACCUGAAGACAUCAGGAUGACCUGCACCCAGUUCACCAGAUACCACAAACAGCAAUGUUUUCAUGACAUUGUGAAAACAAGAAGGUGUGGGAAGCAGACUGUGGUGGACUGUUUUCUUGGCUGUGAACUUGUGGAGUGGCUUCAGCAGGUGGGCUUGGCUCAGGACCGUGGGGAGGCAGUGCUCUACGGGGCGCGGUUACAACAAGGUGGGGUGCUACAGCACAUCAAGGACGAACACAGCUUCCAAGAUAAGCCCCUUUAUUAUCGCUUCAUGACAUAAGACACAAGGGACUUGACACUUUUAUUUAUCCCUAAAGCAAAUGGCAUUUCAUUUCAAACAGGGAAUUAGUUCUUGUCCAGCCCUGUACUGUACAGUAUUUUGCAAUGCGUCAUUGUGCAGUGUAACAUUACAGUUGGGUGUGGGAAUAGGCCACGCCUGACUGAUGAUGUAUGUGUUCAGAAAUGCAACGCUCUGGCAAACCAAACAGGUCAGUGGUCACUAUGCAGUUGUUCUUAAAGGGAAUUUCUGUCUUUUUUUUUUUUUUUUCACCAGCUCAUGUUUUAUAUUUAACAUGUCUUCGAGCAAGUUCACUCCUGAGAUGUGAAGUUGUAGCCAGGAAUUCAGCCACAGUUAUAUCUCUUCACUGUGUGGAAAUACUGCAGCCACACCUACUGUUAAGUGCGGUACUUUGCAGCAAAAUCAGGAAGUCAGGCUUCAGAUUGUAAUGGAUGUGUACGACAGAGACACAUUAAUUUAACAUUAGCCACUGUGUCUUGCAAGUUAAUAUGUAACACUGGAUUAAGUAACAAGGCAUUACUAAUCUCAAAGGGUAAAGCAAGAUUUUAAAAUGACUUUUUUUCUUGUUUGUUUAUGCAGUCAAUUUAUGUGAUUUGACUUUGUUGCCUUGUUUCAUGCCACUGUGAGUAAUGAAGCACAAAGACAUGUUCUCAUCAAACAAAUUUAUUGACAAAAAUAAAAUUCCCACUCCUGCUGAAUGUAUUGUUUCCUACAAUGGGACACCUCUUUGUGCAUUAUCACUGUUCUACCAAAGCCAUUAACCAAAGGAAUAAAGGGAAGAUGGGGAUGAUUUUCUUGAUCCAGUUUACAGAGUUUGUUUAGUUAGUUUAAACAGCUAAUGUAGCAUUAAGCACAAGUAGUGUUGCUUUGGUAACCUGCAGUUUAAUAUGACUUGCCACUGAUGCACCACAGUGUUUACACUGUUACCAGGACCAGCACCAUUUUAGAAACGACUGGCCAGUUGUGGACAAAAGGUUUUGUCCAUGUUUCCAUGUUAUUUAUUUAUAGCAAAAGACAACUGUCAGUUGAGACAUUUAAAAACAUCUAAGCAAAAAUACAACCCAAACAUAAUGUGGUAGCAUGACCCAAGGACUGAAAUACUUGAAGGAAUCAGGUGUUUGUACUUGAAAAUGCUCAUCUUGACUUGAAAAAUGAAUUAUCCUAUUUCAUAUAAUCCUCAUAUCCUUAAAAGCUGGAGCUGCUGUUAUUCUUCUUUACCUUGCACAAUGAUGUAAUUAAAGAUAAAUGUUUGUGGCUUUUUUUAAGUGAAACGUGUUAUUAACGCAAAAAUGUUGCGAAAAUGGCUGUAAAAAUAUGUCUUUUUAAUAAAGUUACUAAUACAAUGUG